AUGGAAAAUGUACCAACACUCCCUAUUUUUCUUUCAUGGAUUUGGCUGACCUCCCUCCCCCUGCUACUAUAUAAGCUUCUAGGAAAGCUGGUCUGCAGCCUGCCAGUCACUGGAAACUCACAAACCUUCAACUCAAAGUUAAAAAUGCUUUGCAUACAAAUCUUGGCAUGGAGGAACAUAGAUUAUGUCAAGAAAGCACUCAGCCAUGGUGUACAAAGCGGCUUUGUCUCCCCUUUUGUCAACAAGAGCCUUUAUGUAGUAAAUUCUUUCUCUCAUAAGGAGUUCGUUUGGAGCUUCGAGUAUGGCCUGAACACAAUUUUGACAUCAUAA